UCUUCUCCGAUGAACACGUGACAUUCGUUUUAUUUGUAGAGAGAAAGAUUUCGCACGACGAGGUGCAUUUUCUCGAACUGAUUUAAUAUAAUACGCGCGUGAUUGAUUUUGGGUUAUUACUUGCAUCGAGACUGGUUUUUUUCUCUGUUGGUUUUUGUGAUUUUUUUUUAGUGACGGACUGGACUGUGGGACGAAACUUGCUUGAUAAGAAAGUGAGCGUCUUAGUGUAUUAAGUUAUGCCGCUAUGGCUGAGAAAAUGACCUUACCCCAAUAAACGGGACAUUCGACAACAAGUUGGAAAAGGGGGAAAAUUGUGGUCAAACUGGCUGAGUUGGAGGAAAGGGUGGUCUUGAUGCAGCCGACGACUGCGGCCAACGUUCCUCCCAGCGGUGGAGAAAUGGACCUCCAGACCAUGCAGAGUAUGGAGUGGCUUUUUAAGAAGGAACGAAUUUAUUUGUUGGCGCAAUUUUGGCAACAGAGGGCGACCCUGGCGGAGAAAGAAGUCACAACCCUUAAAGAACAACUGUCUGGCAACAAUGGAACGAACAACUGCGAGAACAAAGACACAUCGAACAUGGACAGGCAAAGUUUCGAAUCCGAAAUGGCAACCAAGGAUAAAGAGAUUAAUCAGCUUCUGGAAGAGGUGCAAAGACUGCAGGGGUGCAUCACGAAAAUCCAAGAAUCCUCCAUCACCCAAAUAACGAGACUGGAAGAGCAGCUGGAACAAAAGAGACAGCACAUCGUGCGACUCGAAUCCAAAUUGGACACCCAAAAAGACUAUGACGAACUUAAAAGACAAGUGACCAUAUUAAAGUCCGAUUUAGUCAAUAAUCCACAAGGCAAAGACAUCGAAUUGCUCCUGGAAAAGACAAAGAUACAUCAUCAUGUGCAAGAAAGAGACAAAAGUCCUUCCAGAGAAAGCGAAGGGGUGACGGAUCAUCAGUCGACACUCCAACCCCCCAACCUGCCCCAAUCACCACCCACCACCCUGCCCCAUCCCUUCCAAAACGUAGACGCAUUCGGCAGCCUCCUCGGCGAGGAAAUCGUCUCGUCGUGGCGAAAAAAUAUCGAAUCUCACCAAAAAUCACCCGCUUUACCUUCUUCAGAUGGUCUGGUGAAGAGCACCACCCCCUUGUUGGACCAUACGGGGGCGGAGAAGAGCAGUACCGCCUCCACGCCCCAACCGUUGGACUCCUCGGCUGGGCAACACAGUCCGCACACAGAGAACCUCGUGGUCAACGGUAAUCCGAAGAGUCCGCACGAGGACAACAAUAACCAUAACAACCAUAACAAUAACAUUCCGUUGGCGGCUACUUUUGUGAAUAACUUCUUGAGGACUGAGGAUUCGCUGAAGAGUCCUUAUAGGUUCGAGGAUCAUCGUUCGCCGUUUAAGUUUGCUGAGGAUCUCGGUAUGGCUCCUGGUUCGAUGGUGGGGAGGCUCGGGGAGAGUUUGAUCCCCAAAGGAGACCCCAUGGAGGCCCGAUUACAAGAGAUGCUUCGGUACAAUAUGGAUAAAUACGCGUCACAGAACUUAGAUACGUUGCAUAUAGCUCGUAGAGUGAGGGAGCUACUGUCGAUCCAUAAUAUCGGGCAAAGACUGUUUGCCAAAUACGUUUUGGGGUUGUCGCAAGGUACGGUGUCCGAAUUAUUGUCCAAGCCUAAACCUUGGGAUAAGUUGACGGAAAAGGGAAGGGACAGUUAUAGGAAGAUGCACGCGUGGGCUUGUGAUGAAAACGCCAUCAUGUUACUCAAGAGCUUGAUACCAAAGAAAGAUAAUUUUUCGUCCUCAGGCAAAGACGGAUCGAUGCCCUUCGGACGACCCGAAUCGGACCUCACGGACGAACGGAUCGCCCAUAUUUUAAGUGAGGCAAACCAGUUCACUCACAUCAAAACCGAGUGCGACACCCACAGUAACGAAGACUCCAAAUCACCACACGGCUGCAGCAGCCCAUUCUCCAAAGAAUCCUCACUAAGCAAACGCCUUAAGAAGUACGAAAACGACGACAUUCCCAGGAAAAAAGUCGUGAGGAUCUACCAAGAGGAACUGGCCAAGCUCAUGGGCAGACGCAUGGAAGACAUUAGGAACCCUAGAGAAGGCGGCUUCCCACAGGGCAACAUGCCUCUGGAUAGAUCAGAAGAGAUCCGGAUGGCUUUUGAUGCUUACCAUCGCGAACUCGCCAAACUGAAUCAAACCCAACCCUCCGCUCAAAUGCCUUUGGGGUUACUGGCUCUACAGCAACAAGCGUUAGCCCAACACAACCAACAAAGCCAAAGCGCACCCCAACCCUUAACGCAAUCCAACGGUGGUGUCCAAGACCUCUCCCUUCCAAAAGACAAAAUGAAGAUAGUCAACGGUAUGGACGAAGUCAGCAAGGACAAAGACGGAGACGACUCCAUGUCCAGACAUUCCGGAAGCGCUUUCAGCUUGGUGAGGCCCAAAAUAGAACCUGGAACCGGAGCUGGCGGUAACAGCACUGCUUCCAGCCCUAUUGGAAACACUAUUCUACCUCCCAUGACCCCUACUAGUGAGGAUUUCACUGCUUCUGCAGCAGCGUCUCCCCUUCAACGUAUGGCCUCGAUAACCAACUCACUGAUCUCACAACCACCUGCUCAACCUCACCACACCAGCACUCAGCGACCACUGAAGGCUGUCCUACCUCCAAUCACCCAGCAACAGUUCGAUCUCUACAAUAACUUAAACACGGAGGAUAUCGUCAAGAAAGUGAAAGAGCAAUUGAGCCAAUACUCGAUCUCUCAGAGGCUGUUUGGAGAGAGUGUAUUGGGAUUGAGCCAAGGGUCAGUGAGUGACCUUCUGGCACGCCCAAAGCCUUGGCACAUGUUAACGCAGAAGGGCAGAGAGCCUUUUAUUAGAAUGAAGAUGUUCCUUGAGGAUAAUGACGCGGUCCAUAAGCUGGUGGCUAGCCAGUAUAAAAUUGCUCCCGAGAAAUUAAUGAGGACUGGAGGAUAUGGCAAUGCUUGUGCAGCGUCACUCUCCAAACCAACGCUUCCAACCAACCCAAAAAUGCUGUCCGAAGCAGCCGGUCUACUAACCAAAAUGCAACACGACUCCCAGAGUCUUCUUCCGUCGUCUCUGCAACUGGGUCCACCUCAAGGUGGCCAACCUCAACCUUCACCACUCGGUCCACCAACGACAACCCAAAUGCCCCAGACCCAACUACUUAAUCACCUUGCUCUUCCACCCCACCACGCUAUAGCCUUGCAGAACCAAGAGCUGCUGAAGAAACAGCAGCAGAGCAUGCAGGGAGGACAUGGUAUUCCGAACCACUCGCCCAUGGGCCAUCAAGGGAUGAGGGGAAUGCACCAGCAUAUGAGUCCAAGUGUGUACGAGAUGGCCGCUUUGACACAAGACUUGGAUACGCAAGUGAUAACUACCAAGAUCAAAGAGGCUUUAUUGGCUCAUAACAUUGGACAGAAGAUUUUUGGUGAGGCAGUUCUCGGUCUAUCUCAAGGGUCUGUAAGUGAACUUCUCUCGAAACCGAAACCUUGGCACAUGCUCUCGAUCAAAGGACGAGAACCGUUCAUUCGGAUGCAACUGUGGCUUCAAGACACCCACAACGUCGAUCGGCUUCAAGCCUUGAAAAACGAGAGGAGGGAAGCGAAUAAGAGACGAAGAAGCUCAGGCCCUGGACAUGAUAACUCCAGCGAUACCUCGAGCAACGACACCUCUGAGUUCUACCAUUCGAACAGUCCAGGACCCCAAGGGCCUCCAAACGCUAAGAAGCAACGUGUGUUAUUUAGUGAGGAGCAGAAGGAGGCUUUGAGGCUCGCAUUCGCUCUGGAUCCCUACCCCAAUGUUGCUACUAUUGAGUUUUUGGCGCAGGAGUUGAGCCUUAGCAGCAGGACGAUCACAAACUGGUUCCAUAACCACCGCAUGAGACUGAAACAGCAAGUUCCCCACGGUAUGCCAUCAGACAUUCCUCCACGUGACCAAAACUCUUCCCAGCAACCAUUCGAUCCAGUGCAGUUUAGAGUGCUACUGAACCAAAGACUAAUGGAACUAAGCAAAGAGAGGAUGGGGCUUUCGGGGGUGCACCUACCGUACCCUCCUUAUUUAGCAGCUAAUCCUGGACUGGCAGCUUUGAUUUCCAGAGGUCUUUUACCCACCGCUGACCUGGGCGACCUCUCGGCCUUAAACAAUGCGGUUAAGGAACAAAUGAGCGGGUUGGAUCUGAGUAUGACCUCACUGAAACGAGAACCCAACGAGUUCGAAGAUGAGGACGAUGUUGAAUCGAAUGUCGGCUCUGAAGACUCGAAUAUCUCUGGGAGUUUGCAAGACGACGGCAAGAAUGAGAGCGGCAAAGAAGCAAAUAUUUCUAGUGCAAGUCAAAAUCAAGGAAGGUCUUCCAGACGAAAACCCGCCGCUCCCAUGUGGGUGAACCCCCACUGGGAAGAAGAAAAAAACACCCAAACCCAAGAAAAAAGCCAAAGUAACCAAGACGAGGUGAUCAUCAAUGGCGUCUGCGUGAUGCAAACCGAAGACAAUUACAACCCUCGGAGAAGUUCAACUGAAGAAACGAUCCGAGUGGAGCCUCAAGCGGUCCUGGACCGAUACGAAGAUGACCGAAGUGACACGAGUAGCGUGAGUCACGAGGCGUCGAACGUGCACGACGAGCCGAGCCAACCCGAGGAAGUCGGAACGGCCCAAACGGAAACGACCGAAGAAGACCGAGACGAAAACAGCGAAAGAAAAGAGGUGAAAACUGAAAACGAGGACGAAAGGUGGGAUUAUUGAACGCAAGUAUUAUAAAAAUAUGAGAGGAGUCUUUAAACUGAUACCAAAAAAAAAAUGUUAAAUUGUACAUAGAAGAUACGCAUUGCCAACAGAAGGAUUGUGAAUGUGAUUCGUCAGUGAAAACUAAGCCAAAAAUGUUCUUACCUAUAAUAGACGAGAAAUAAAUUUAGUGAUAUCUUUUAGUGGAAAUUCGUUGCGAAUGGACGACUUUGAGAGGACUGACUAUUCCCAGUGUAAAAGUAAUUUUUUCUUUGUUUUGUAAAAAUUUUACAAGUGCAAUCAUCCGAUCCCAAGGAUUAAAAACUUGACUAGUUACUUUCAUUGUUAGUAUUAUGUUUACUAAAAACAAAAAUGUGAUGUUUUUAAUUUAUUAUUAUAUGAUUCGGUAUAGGGUGGUCCAGGUUGGAGGCUUACCGUUGAAGUUUCGGUAGAGGUAAGAGAACGGGGGGUGUAAGUAUGGUAAGAUAGUGAUUUGUAUAGAAAAAUGUUUCUGGAAGAAAACUCCAUAGAAAUGGUUAAUAACUUAUAUGAGCAUUUUGUAAAUUUUGAAGAAAUAGCUCAUUUCUUAUAAUAGAUUCAGUUUUUCUUGGAUUGUGUAUGUUUUCUAAAAAAUGCCAAAGUAGGUGUCCACUAAAACUAUUUAAGGAAAGCGUAUACAAAUUUUCAAAAAUUUGCGUUUCCUGGCUUUUGAGUUAUAGGGAUCUUGGGAAUUAAAAAAAAAUUUCUUGCUUUUCUUGUUUGUCCUGUGCAUUUUCUUAUUUUUUUUUCAAAAUGUUCAUUUUUUAAAUUAAAAAAAAAUUUCAUAAUUAAUUAAUUUUUUUUGAAGGC